UGUGUGAUCUGUGGCGUGUUAUUAAUUGUCUAUGGUGAUUGUGAUUUGCGACUUGUAUUUGCAUUUUAAAAUCUGAAUUUUUUAAUUAAAGUGGUUGACUGAUACAUAAUUUAGCUUAAGAUCAUUUGAUUACUUGUUUAAAAGAAAGCUUGUUUCGAGUUAAUAAUAACAUUAUGGCUGAUAGACAAAUUAAAAUUAAGAUUGGAAUCAUAGGAGGGUCAGGGUUAGAUGACCCCAAUCUGUUUGAGAGCCCAGUGGAGCGAGACCUGACCACUCCAUAUGGAAAACCCUCAGAUGUGCUGCUUGAAGGGUUCAUCAAGGGUGUUCCUUGUGUACUGUUGGCCAGGCAUGGGAGGAAGCAUCAGCUUCAACCAAGCGACAUAAACUACCGAGCCAAUAUCUGGGCGCUGAAGCAGGCGGGCUGCACGCACGUGCUCGCCACCACGGCCACCGGCUCGCUGAUCGACAAGUACCGGCCCGGCGACCUCGUCGUGCUCGACGACUUCAUUGACAGGACCUGGGGUCGUAACUGCACGUUCUUCGACCGCACAGCGGGCGGGCCGCGCGGCGUGUGCCACCUGCCCAUGCGGCCCGCGUUCUGCGAGAGAGCGCGCCGGGCGCUGCUGGCGGCCGCGCGCGAUCACGGACACGUGUGCCACGAGACCGGCACCGCCGUCACCAUACAGGGACCGAGAUUUUCAAGUCGCGCCGAGAGCUUGAUGCAUCGCAUGUGGGGCGGACAUGUCGUCAACAUGACCACAGUCCCGGAGGUGGUGUUGGCAAAAGAAGCGGGACUUAGUUAUGCUGCUGUGGCGCUCGUCACCGACUACGACUGCUGGCGGGAGAACGAACAAUCGGUGUCGGUGAGCGAGGUGCUGGCGACGUUCGCGCUCAACAUCCAGAAGGCCAUCGACGUGGUGGUGGGCGCCGUGCAGCGCCUCGCUGACGAAGACGACUACUCCUACUUGGACUGCCAUAAGGAACUGGUUGCAUCUGCAGUUAUGCUCAAAGAAUAGAAACAAAUAAGUAAUACAAUGUUUUAGAAGCAUUUAUAUAGUGUAUACCUAUCUAUGAGUGAAAUUAAUGUACAUAUGUACGAAAUCAUGUUUAUCUUCGAAAUAAAACUCAGAAACUG